AUGUGCGCGGCGGGGAGGCGCUGGGGCCGGCGGCAGCGAGCUCUGCUCUGGGCCGUCCUGCUGGCGGCCUGGGAGGCGGCGUGGGGGCAGCUGCGCUACUCGGUGCCCGAGGAGAUGCCCAAGGGCUCGUUCGUGGGCGACGUGGCCAAGGACCUGGGGCUGCAGCUGACGGAGCUUACAGACCGCGACGCCCACGUAUUUGACACAGGUAGGACACGGUACUUCUUCUUAGACUUGCAGAACGGCCACUUAUCUAUGAUGGAGCAGGUGGACAGAGAGGAGAUAUGUGCAGCUGUUGCUAAAUGCGUUCUGAACUUUGAAAUUCUUGUGAAGCGUCCAAUGAACAUUUAUAAAGGGGAGGUAGAAAUACUGGAUAUUAACGAUAAUCCUCCCAGUUUCCCAGAAAGAAGUGUCUUAGAAAUCAGCGAGAAUACUGCACCAGGUGCGCGCUUCCCAUUAGAGAGAGCUCAUGAUCCCGACAUAGGAGUGAACUCUUUACAGAAUUACGAAUGUAGCGAGAGCAGCUAUUUCACCUUGGACGUGAAAACCGGAGAUGACAGUGUGAUAUAUCCGGAAUUAAUAUUGGUGAAAUCUUUGGAUCGGGAACAGCAGGCUGCUCAUAAUUUGAUCCUGACUGCCACGGACAACGGGAGUCCUGUGAAAUCAGGAUCGACAACAAUCCAAGUCAUUGUGUUAGAUGGAAACGACAAUGCUCCCGAAUUUACACAGUCUGUGUAUAAGGUGACUGUGAGAGAAGACGUGGCCGUAGGAAGUCGAGUGCUACAGGUGACAGCGACUGACAGAGACGAAGGGCCAAACGCCGAGGUAAAAUACUCGUUCUUUAAAAUCCCGGAAAGGUUCGACAAGACUUUUAACAUGGAUCCGGAAAGUGGAGAAAUUGUGAUAACAGAGAACUUGAGUUUCGAAGAACACGAGUUUUAUGAACUGGUUGUGCAAGCUCGGGAUGCGGGCGGGCUCUCUUCCCACAGCAAGGUAUUAAUCAAGGUCGUUGAUGUAAACAACUACGUUCCCGAGAUUGUUAUUAUGUCCCUGUUCAGUCCGGUUCCAGAAGACACACCUCUAGGGACAGUAAUAGCGAUUUUCAGCGUCCAAGACAGGGAUUCUGGAGAGAACGGAGAGGUGCAUUGCAGCAUCAGCGACAGCCACUCGUUCCGCCUGGAGAAGUCAUUCGGUAAUUACUACCGUGUGCUGACUGCAGAGCUACUGGACCGGGAAGAGGUGUCGGAGUACAACGUGACGGUGCGGGCGGCCGACGGCGGGUCUCCGUCGCUGCAGAGCAGCGCGGUGCUGGCGCUGCAGGUGCUGGACGUGAACGACAACGCGCCGGUGUUCGAGGAGGCGGCGUACAGCGCGUACGUGUGGGAGAACAACGCGGCGGGCGCGCUGGUGCUGACGGUGCGCGCGACGGACGCGGACUGGGGGCAGAACGCGCGCGUGCGCUACCGGCUGCGGGAGGGGCGGGUGCGGGGCGCGCCGCUGUCGUCGUACGUGUCGGUGCAGGCGGAGACGGGCGCGCUGUACGCGCUGCGCUCCUUGGACUACGAGCAGGUGCGCGAGCUGCGGCUGUGGGUCGGCGCCUUGCGCGGCGUGCCCGUCUCGCACUUCGUGGGCAUCGACGGCGUGCGCGCCUUCCUGCAGUCCUACUCGCACGACGUGUCGCUCACGGCCGACUCGCGCAAGAGCCACCUGCGCUUCUCGGCCAGCGGCAGCUGCUGCGACACCCUCCCGGCCCGGCCACCAGAUGAGGGUUCGGGUGAUCGUGUCCCCUCAGGAGAUCAAGCUGCCGAAAUCCGUGGGCAAGUUGCCUUUCAGGCGAUUCUCACCACAUAG